AGGGCCAACUCACACCGAAAGAGCGGCGAAGGGCAGCGGAGCGCAGCGACCCGCUCGGUAGAGAAGGCGCGAGGAUUCCCGUGACUGCUCGAGAAGUCGCUGGAAUGCGCGAGAAGUCGCGGGACACCGCGCGCCAUCUCGAGCCGCGAUGAAUUUACGGGUCGUUCUAUGCGCAGUUCACUUUCAAUAAAACUCGAGGAAACUUGUGUUUAUGCAGUGAAAAUGAGUAUUUUGGAUUUAAUUAUUAUUGCACAUAUAAAAGAAGAGGAAGAGGCCGAAGACAUAAGGAGGGAAAGAUUUAAAAGAAACUUUUGGGUACACGACGUGUGGAAGAAAAGACAUUUGUUUGGCCAAUUUCGUACAUUUUGCACAAAUUUACAUCUGUAUCCUAGCAUUUAUUAUGACUAUUAUAAAAUGAACUAUUACAAAUUUGAAAGUUUGUUGGAAAUUCUCAGGCCACAUAUUCAAAAACAAAAUACCAAUUAUAGAUUGGCUAUUCCCGCUGAAGAAAGACUAUCGGUCUGCCUCAGAUUUCUAACUACUGCUAUCAGUUUCAAAGCGCUAGCUCACGAGUAUCAUAUGGGAUAUAGUACUGUACUUCAAAUUGUUCACGAAACUUGCUCCGCGAUAUGGAAGUAUUUACGGCCGCGUGUUAUGCCCAAACCAACAGCUGAGUUAUGGACCAAACUAGCAAAAGAAUUUGAAACUCAAUGGAAUUUUCCUAACUGUAUAGGAGCCAUAGAUGGCAAACAUGUUAAUAUUAGAGCACCUUGGAACAGCGGCAGUCAAUUUUAUAACUAUAAAAAAUUUUUCAGUGUAGUUUUGCUAGCCAUUGCCGAUGCAAAUUAUCGAUUCGUUGUAGUCGACAUUGGAGCAUAUGGUCGCAAUAGUGAUAGUGGCAUUUUAAGCAGCUCCAGAUUAGGACAAUCAUUGAAUAAUAAUACACUGGAUAUACCACCUAUUAAAUGUUUGCCAGGUACGACAGAAGCAUUGCCACAUGUUUUUGUUGGAGAUGAGGCUUUUCCGUUACACAAACACAUAAUGAGACCUUUUCCUGGAAACCAAGAAAUGAUGAAAUAUUUGAAAACAUAAAUGAAACAGUGCCAAUAAAUAGUAUAUUACAAAAUAUUCAAGAGGGUUCAGUUUCCCAAGAAAAUGCUAUGUGUAUAAGAGAUAAAUUUAAGACUUAUUUUAAUUCUUGUGGUGCAGUUUCUUGGCAAAACGAAAUGAUUUCCCGUAGUUAAAUAGAUUUAACAUCAAAAUGGUGUCAAGUUUUACAAAAGACUGUGCCGUAUGUAGGUAAACUAACGAGUUCUACAAUUUGCUGACGACAUCGCAACAAUUUAAAGUUAUUUUUAAUUUUAAUUAAAAUAUAAAAAAAUGAUUUAUUUUAAUUUUCAAAUAAAAAUACAUACCUAUUUAUAUACGUUUUUCUUUUGCUCCCAGCUCAGCAGUGAAUCAAAUAAAUGGGAUAUUAUUAAUUGCACAUCAAAUGAAAAUAAUCUCACAUCAAUUUAUUCUCAAAUAUGUAUAUAUAAAUAUAUAUCAAAUAAAUUACUUCACAACAAAUAAACUAAAUGUUUAGCAAAACUAGUAUUGCAGAUAAUUCGAAAAUGUACAUCAAUACUACAUUACU